ACCAAAACUACACACAAAACUUUUUUCCCAAUGUCAUCCCCUUCGACAAAAGACAGCGCACUAUUUCCCCGGCUUCGCUAACAUACGCCUAAUGUCCACGAUUCCCCUCAAUUAAUUUCCCGACGCCUCCCUCUUUGUUCUUUUGACUCUUCUGAUUUCCACACUCGAUGCCCGCUUUCAAUUUAACAAUUCAGACAUUUUUAGGGAGAAAAUCCUGGUCGCUUUUAGGUUUUUGAGCUCGAAUUCCAAAUCGAUUUCGGGGUUCGAAAAACUUGCGAUGGGUGAAUGGAAGAUGGAUGAGAUGUCAUUGCCUGCUCUCUUCGAGCAAGCUCGGAAAAUUCAUCUCAUGGCGUCGGACUCGGGGGCUGAUCAGGAGACUCUGAGGAAGGGCUGCGAGGCUCUGAGGCAGUGCGAGGACAUGGUAAGCAAGCUGGGGUUGUUCUCGGCUAAUGAGACCAAAGAAGAUAUCAGCACAACCAACCUCAAAUAUGUGAUGGUGCCAUUUUAUCUCGCUGAGUUGACUGAAAAAGUUGCACAUGACGACAGGGUACAGAUUCUCAAAUCUUCCCAAGCAAAGUUGAAGGAAUUCAUUUCAUUUUGUGAGGCAAUGGAACUUGUGCCUGAAGAGGAGUUGGAAACAUCUGGCCAAGGGGGUCCAAAUGCUCAUGCUGAUAGAAGGGCUAAAAAGAUUGCUCGGUUCAAACGCCAAAGGGCUGCAGAGUCCAAGCUGCUAGAAAUAAAAGAAAGGAAAGAGAGACGGGGACGUUCAACGAAAGCAGCUGCAUUAUCUACUCCCAUUGAGGUUGGAGAGGAAGAUAUGCUGGAUGAUGAUUUAGAAGAAGAACGAGAGGCUUGGCUCACAACUAUUUCUUUGUCCAUCUGUAAGGCUUUUGAUCUACUGGAAAUGCUAAAGAAAGAGGAAGAAAUGCUUUCUGCUAUAAAGGAAAAACAGCAAAAGGAAGGGGACAAGGAAAUUUCUCAAGCCAUACUUGAUGAACGCACCAAGAGAGCAGAAGCAUGGCAUCGUGAUGCUGCUGCUCGAGCACCAUAUACAAAACCAGCACCGCCCAUCACAUGUGCUACUUUUGCUCAAGAUAUUUUGGAAGGGAGGGCAAAUGCUUCACAGGCACAUGAACACAAGCACCAGCCUCUGAUAUUUGGACCUGCAAGUCUUGUGGGUGGCGGCCUAACAAGUGAGAGAGAGAGAAUGGCAGCUCAGGUUUUCCAGCCUGGCUACAGGUUGCCAACCAUGAGCAUUGAGGAAGCUGGAUUAAGAGAGAUGGAGAUGAUGAACAAAUGGCAGGAGAGAAAUGCUAAGCUUUUGCAAGAAGCUAAUUCCUCAUGGUACAAGGACAAUAGGUUGGGACCAGCAGAAAAGGAUGAUGAAGACGAAGAUGAUGCUGCCCAAGAGAAGGCAAGGGCAUGGGAUGACUGGAAAGAUGAUAAUCCACGGGGUGCAGGCAACAAGAAGCUUACUCCCUGCGGGUAAAGACAGAUCGAUCUGUUUGUUGUGUAGUCUUCUUAAAGACAGAUCAAUCUCCAUUGAUUGAUCCCUUCUAAUUUUGGUUAUUUCUGAUGUUUCCCCAUAUUUCAACUAGCAUGCCACUACCUCAAGAAAGUUUGGGUUUUGAGGACUAGUGUUGUGUAUAACAAGUUAUUACACCUCUAAAAGAUUUAGUCUUGAGAUUGUAUGGAAGCUUCCUGUUUAUUUUUUCCAAAGUGGCAAAGCAUAUUUGACGUCAUUGAAUGAAUGAAUGGAUUUUUGUUCACAAA